AUGAAUCCCAACAAAUCUCCAGAUCCUUUAUACCCGGAUUUAGAAGUUACCAAAGAGCUUGAAAAGCAAGGUGACAAUGCGACCGCUUUCGGUGACAAAUCACCAGGUGUAAGGAGAAUCGAAAUCAUCGCUUCUUGCUUUACCACUUGGCAUAGAUGGGUUUUGUUCAUUUCCGUUUUCCUAGUUGCUUAUAGUUACGGUUUAGAUGGUACGGUCCGAUACACCUAUCAAGCUACCGCUUUGUCCGAAUUGGGUACUUCAUCGCAAAUCUCCACUGUGACAGUGGUUAGAUCAGUCGUAGCUGCUGCUGCGCAACCCGCUUACGCGAAGAUCUCCGAUUACUUCGGUCGUAUCAGUAUUUUGUUUAUCAGUGUGGUUUUCUAUGCUAUCGGUACAAUCGUUCAAGCUACUUCUCAUAACCUCUCUGCGUUCUCCGGCGGCGCAGUCCUGUACCAAUUUGGUUAUACUGGUGUAAUGCUCCUCGUUGAGGUGUUGAUCGCCGAUGUCACCUCACUCCGAUCUCGUUUAUUCUUCAGUUACAUCCCCGCCAUGCCAUUCAUCAUCAACGCAUGGGUAUCUGGUAACGUCGCAUCGUCUGUGCUGGAAGCUACGACCUGGGGAUGGGGUAUCGGGAUGUGGGCGAUCAUUUUCCCAGCUAUGGCCAUCCCCUUACUCGGCUCACUGGUAGAAGCAGAAUGGAGAGCAAAUCGUAAAGGCCUGUUAGACGAGAUUCCUUCGCCUCUCAAGACACUCGCCCAACCAUCUCUAUGGGUGGAGAUCUUCUGGCAAGUCGAUAUCAUCGGUUUGAUCCUCCUCGCAGCUACAUUCGCUUUGAUCCUCGUCCCCUUCACCUUGGCUGGAGGUACAAGUAACAUUUGGAAGGCUGCUCAUAUCAUCGCUCCUUUGGUCGUUGGAUUUGUAGUGGCCCUACCGGCUUUCAUCAUCUGGGAAACCAAGAUUGCCAAACACCCCGCUGUCCCAUUCAGACUGUUCAAAGAUACUCGAAUGGUGCUAGCGCCAAUCUGUAUUGCGAUGCUACUCAAUACCGCUUGGUACACCCAGGGUGAUUACUUGUAUUACACACUCACCUUGGCUUUCGAUCGAGAUGUCACGUCUGCCACCCGAGUCCAAAAUAUCUAUUCGUUCUGUUCGGUGGUCGUCGGUGUCGCCUUGGGGUUAGUGAUCAGACGUGUCAGAAGAUUGAAAUGGUUCAUCGUCGCCGGUACUCUCCUCUUCGUACUUGCCUUUGGUCUCUUGAUCAGAUACCGAGGUGGUUUCUCCGCACAUGAUUUCGCCGGUUUGGUCGGUGCGGAAGUUGUAUUGGGUAUCGCAGGUGGUCUGUUCCCAUACCCUACUCAAGUCAUGAUUCAAUCUGCCGUACAGCACGAGCGAACAGCCACUGUAACUUCGUUGUAUCUCGCUUCUUACUCGAUUGGAAGUGCUCUUGGUAACACAAUUGCCUCAGCGAUUUGGAACAACAGUCUCCCCAAACACUUGCUGAAUGCCUUUACCCGAUACGGCAUAGCAGACGCAUCGACUAUGGCCGCCUCUGUCUUUGCGAGUCCCUUGGCUUUGGUAGCGGAGUAUCCACCUGGUACCCCAGAAAGAGAAGCUGCCAGUGAAGCCUACCGCGAAGUCCAAAGAUACCUUACCAUCACAGGUAUCUGUAUCUCCUCAUUAUUGGUGUUCGCAUCAUUAUGUCUCCGAAACCCAAGAUUAGGCGAUCAACAGAGUUUACCAGAUGCCGAAGGAUUCCAAGUUCCCGUUCUUACUAAGGAGAAGACUCAACACGACCAUUCGCCCACUAGGACUGCUGUUGAGAAUGACUUGGUCUCACAUGGCAAUGUUCCAGACGGUUAUGAUCCGGGAAGCAUGGAGGCUGACAGGAACAGAUCUACCAAGAUUAUGGCGAAUAAGGUAUAG